UAGGAGGGAAGACGCUCGGAGUCGAAAGAACUUGGGAUCUUAUUGGUUGUUCAAUACAGGUUUCGUGUUGCGCGGAAAAUGGCGGCGUUUUCCGCGGAAUCGUGGAGGAAUGAGUUACCGGGACACGACAUCUUCAAGAAACUGCGUGAGAAUCUCCGUUUGGAAUCCGAAACGGCCGGCAGGGGUUGCGCGAAGAACCUCAUAUUCUGUUUGGAUGGAGACUUGUUCGUGUGGGACAACGCGGACAGCGUUUUCUACACGACGAACCUGAGGCAGCUGAACUCGGAGCGCGCGGACAGCGCCGCGUUCCAGACGCUGCUGUGCACUAAUCCGCCACGGUUUGAGGUGUGUGAGGUGCUGCUGAGCCCCACACGGUACCAUGUGGCUCUCGUUGGCCGUCGCGGGGCCACGGUCCUGGAACUGCCACAGCGUUGGGGCAAGAAGUCUGAGUUUGAGGGGGGACGCAGCAAGAUCAACUGCAAAACGAUCCCUGUGGCAGAGCGCUUCUUCACUAGCUCUGCAUCUGUUAUUCUCCGGCAUGCCGCCUGGUACCCGAGCGAGACGGAGGAGCCCCACCUGGUGCUACUGACGUCAGACAACACACUCAGGUUCUACAGCCUGAAAGAGCCACAGAGCACAGCACGACUCCUGAACGUGUCCCAGUCCGAUGAAGAUGGUGCCAUUACUACGAGAGGGAGGUCCUAUGCCGCCUCACUCGGAGAGAUCGCAGUUGCCUUCGACUUUGGCCCGGUGGCCGUUGCUCCCAGGCAGUUUGUGCCUCAGCAAGAGAAGGAGAUACUGGUGUAUCCACUGUACAUCUUGUAUGAAAACGGCGAAACCUAUCUGAGCUACACUAGCAUGGCACACAGCAGCAACCUGGGGAAGCCCCUCGGACCUCUGCCCAUGUAUCCUGCAGCCGAAGACAACUAUGGCUACGACGCAUGUGCAGUGGCCUGCCUUCCGUGUGUGCCUAACAUCCUGGUUAUUGCCACGGAGUCGGGAAUGCUGUACCAUUGCGUGGUGCUGGAGGCAGAGGCGGAGGAAGAGGCAGGGUCUGUGGAAAGGUGGACUCGCGGAUCCGAAGCCAUCCCCUCGCUGUAUGUGUUUGAGUGUGUGGAGCUGGAACUGACUCUAAAACUGGCCUCCGGGGGGGAGGAGGAGGAGGAGCCUGUGGAGUCUGACUUCACCUGCCCAAUCAAACUGCAGCGAGACCCCCUGUGCCAGUACAGGUACCACUGCACCCAUGAGGCGGGCGUGCACAGUGUGGGCCUCACCUGGUUCAACAAGCUUCAGAAAUUCCUCCUCUCUGAUGAGGAAGACAAGGACAGUUUGCAGGAGCUCGCAGCCGAACAGCACUGCAUUGUGGAGCAUAUCCUUUGUACCAAACCUCUCAGCAGCAGCACAUCAGCCCCUGUUCAGGGGUUUUGGAUUGUGUCUGAUCUGUCACUUGGAGCCACCAUGAUCUGCAUCUCCAACACCUAUGAGUGCCUCCUGCUGCCUUUGCUGAGCUCGAUCCGUCCACCUUCCCCUCCUCUGCUGUGUUCCCAUCCGGGGAUGCUCCCCGGGAGCUCCCCUCUGCGUGGCUUGGCAGACGACUCGUUCGAGCAGCACAUCCGCAAUAUCUUGGCACGCAGCUCGACAAAUCCUCUUAUGUUGAGGGCUGGGGACAAGGACGUCUCCUCCCCCCCACCAGAAUGCCUUCAGCUCCUGAGCAGGGCCACCCAGGUGUUUCGGGAAGAAUACAUCCUCAAACAGGAUAUGGCCCGGGAGGAGAUGCAGAGGAGAGUGAAACUGCUUUACGGGCAGAAGCAGAAGCAACUGGAGGAUCUUUCACUCUGCAGGGAGGAGAGGAAAAGCCUGCGGGAGGCCGCAGAACGCCUGGCAGAUAAAUAUGAGGAUGCCAAAUACCGCCAGGAAGCCAUCAUGAGCAGGGUGAAGCAGGCCCUGAGUUGUCUGCGCAGGCAGCUGCCCGUGCUGUCAGACAGCGAGAAGGACAUGAGGAAGGAGCUGCAGACAAUCAGUGACCAGCUGAGACACCUGGGCAAUGGGAUCAAGCAGGUCAAAAUGAAGAUGGAAUACCAGCAAAAACAGAUGGAGAAAGGAGCAGUUCCAGCAAAGGCCAGCAUUGUACUGAGCGCCCACCAGAAGAAAUGUGUCCAGGGGGUCCUUAAGGAACAAGGAGAGCACAUCGCAGACAUGAUGAAGCAAAUCAAGGACAUCAAGAACCAGUUCAAUUUCUGAAACAGUUUCUCAGCACAUGCCUACAAGGUGGCUUCCUGGACUCUGUUCUGGCAGCAGCUCUCAAGAUGGGUGGAGAUGACUUAACAGGUCUCCUUUUCUCACCCCCCAUAAAAAAAAAAGCCAGAUUUGUUUUUUUUAGUGAAAGGUA